UGUGGCUACGCAAUCUUUUCUACUGAGCUUCUGCAAUGUAUAUGCAUGUCCUUUCCCUCGUACUCGACUCUCCAUGCCCGCGCGGCGCGCGUUCCACACGUGAGAAAAGCUAGCGCGAGAUCUAGGUAGCCGAGAACCCUCGUUCAUGCAGAAACGCGGGCGCGUGGCUCAAGCUCAAAGCUCAAGCUCCCCCGACCUCUCACUACCUACCUACCACCACGCCAUCUAUCUGUUCGUCCACCAACAAGGCAAAACUGCCAGCACGCGAAUUGCGCAUCAAUUGCUACUGUCGUUUCUCUCUCUUCCCGCGUGGUUCACCCUAGUCCCCGCGUUUCAAGCUCAUCGCGUCGCGUAGCUAGCUAGCUAGCUGGGCUGCUUGUGAGGCUUCGAUAUACUUGCAUAGCUUUACGCGCUUUCUUUAGCACCGCUAUCGCUAAUACUACGUACGACUACGACUACGACUACCGCGCAAUCAUUAUGGCGGACACGGGAAACCAGACGCCUGUGGCGGAGACGCCGGUCGAUGAUGUGGAGAUGGGGGACGGGGCGGGCGAUGCGACGGCGGGCGCGGCUGAGGAGG